AUGGAGAAGCAAGCUGCAAACACUGUUCUUCUCGAAGAUGCUAUCCAGCGUCUUUGUGCUCAUGAGCGAAAGUUUGACGAGCAAAGACUGCAAGAGGAACAAAGACCGCGGGAAGAGCCAUUACAUAAAAGGAUAAAGAGGGCGCACAACGUGGGCAUUGCGGAAGCUGUAAGGCGCCUUCACAUUUCGGAAAACGACCCACAUAAAUAUGAUCCACAAACUGGAAUAAGUUUGCCUCGUAACCAAGCAGUCAUGACUUAUCAGCUAGAGGAAUUGAAAUCAACUUUUGCAGAUGCAGACCCUGAGUGUAUACAAGCGUGUUGCAAGACAUACUUUGAAACACUUAGGAGAAAGUACAAUUUGUCUCAGCCAGAAAAGUCCCAGCUAAGAGAUGCCAUUAAAACAGGAGCUAAAAACCGACAAAGGAAAAGACGGUUGCUGGAUUCCAGGUCCAAGGUUGUUCAAACCGAUGCAGAGAGAGAGCUUUGGCAGACUGCAACAGUGGAGCUGAUGUCUGACGAGGAGGAUGCCAUUGUUGAUGGAAGGCCAGUGUGGAUUGUGAGGUCUCCAUCUCACAGGAACCCACAAUUGUCAGAACUUUGUGAGGAGCUUCAGCGCAGAUUGGAGGCAGACAGUGCGCUACACUAUUUUGCAUCAUCAGCGUGUUAA